CUCCUUCUUUCUUUUGCUCUCUUCCUUUGUAGCUCGUACCUGUGGCAGUAACCUAAGAGGACCCAGAGGGGUCAUAACUUCUCCCAACUACCCUGUUCAAUAUGAGAACAAUGCCCACUGUGUGUGGGUCAUCACUGCAAUGGACGCUGAGAAGGUGGCGGAAUGGGGAAUAUGUCGAUGGACCGAAUGGGCUCCAGCUUUGACCGUUUGGGAAUGUCAGGAAUGGACAUGAACCAUGGCUUUGGUGGCUAUGGCGGCGGGGGCCGGGCCACAUGGGUGGAGGCAUGUCGGACAGAGGGUCAGGGUCCAAAGCAGGUUGCCAGAUAUUUGUGCGCAAUCUGUCCUAUGAUUUGACAUGGCAAAAACUGAAAGACAAGUUCAGUCACUGUGGUCAGGUAAUGUUUGCAGAAAUCAAGAUGGAGAAUGGAAAGUCGAAGGGAUGCGGAACGGUGAGAUUCGACUCUCCAGAGAGUGCCGAGAAGGCCUGCAGGAUGAUGAAUGGAACCAAGAUAAAUGGCCGAGAGGUGGACGUCCGUAUUGAUCGGAACGCCUAGAUCCUUUGUAGAAGU